AUAUCAAGUCUGUGACGCUGCAGCCGCUAUCUACCUCAGAGGAAAUUGAGGACGAAACCUGACAUUGCCGUUUCUUUACCGACGAGCUGCGCUGUGCACUGCACAACACCUCAAGCAGCAGUAAAAUGCGAUGACUAUGUUAGCUUGCUAGCAACAAGGAGGCCCCGACGAGAUACGUUACAAACCUCCGACAGAGCCAACGGUUUAGCUUGAGUAGAUGGCGAGCAACCAUGCCAGCACGUCUGUGCACUUACAGAGCGACGGCACUCCAGACGUUGAUAUGUGCUCUGAAGCACCAGAGCCCAGCAAUUUGGGGCUAGGGAAUGGCCUGCAAUCCAACACCGCCUCGUCCGUGCCAGUCGGCGUCUCACUGUUCUGCCCAGGCGAGGCCCCCCGCCACGGUCAGCUCAUGGUCACGAGCCAAACAACAGUGGGCGACGUGCGGAAAUACCUUCGCGACGUCCUGGGCGUGCCUAUGGACCGACAGAAGUGGGUCUCACUGCAGCGCAUGGGCCGCGGGGUGCUGGGAGCCGAGGGCGGCGGCGGCGGCGACAGCGGCGGCGGCGGUGGCCUUGCAAGCGCAUUCGGUGGCAUGGGCUGUGAGGCGGUGAUGCUGCUGGACGCCAGCCGUACGCUGGACUCGUACGGGGCGCUCACAUCGGACACGGAGAUCCACGCGGCGGCCGCGCCCCCUCGCUCCGCGGACGGCGCGCGAGGGCCCCGCAUGCAGCCUGGGGUGCCCUGGGGCAACGCGGCGCCCGCAUGCCCCGUCAUGGUGCUGCUGCCCUCCGGCAAGCUGGCGGCGCUGCAGCGUCUGUCCGUGGACUCCAAGUACGAGAUGCUGGAUGACGUCAUGUGCGACAGCAGCAGCCUCGACCACAACAGCAUGGCCUUCGACGGCUCCGAGCUCACCACUGCCGGAGUGCCGCUGCGAGCCACCGCCGCGCCCAACCUGGCCAUGCACCACCUCGCCAGCGGCAGCACGAGCGGCGGAGGCGGGGCCGGCGGCGGCUACGUGCAGACGCUGGGGGGCGGCAUCAUGGGUCGCGGAAGAGCCGCAGGCAGCGGCGGCGGCGCAGCCGGUGCCGUGAGCAAUGGAGGCGGUGGUGGCGGAAGCGGCGGGGUUGGCGGCGCCGCCGCGGGGGCCGCGGGGGCCGCGGGAGCGGCGACUGCGCCCACAGGGGAACCGGUGCCGGGCGCGCAGGGCGACAGCACGGGCGCGGGGCCCGGGUCGGGCGCGGUGGCGACCCCCACCACGUACGGGCGAGACGGGCGGCCGGUGGAGGUGACGGUGGCGGCGUCGUACUGUUACUGAGGCGGCGCACGUGCUGCAGUGGUUGAGAGGCGGUGGUAGGAAUAGACAGUGGAGGGCGGAUCCGCCGGGUGCUGUGCCCGGCUGAGCGCUAGCCCCGCCGGCUAGCUGUGUGAGGGGCCUCCAACGCAUGCUGUGUACCGAACAAACGAUUGAGGCUGUACACUACUUGACAGGGGCAGGGGGAGGCCGAUAGGUGCGGCAGCGGGUUUUGGCGUGCCAUGGCCGCAUGGCUGUAUGCGGUGCGUGCGGGCAGCUUCUGCUGCUGUUGGAUCUGAGCCGUCAGAGCCAAAACAUGCGCGCCUGUUGCAGCACACGCAGGGGCGCUUGCAAGGAGGUAGUAGCAGAAUGAUAAGGCAGCGAUGUGUGUUGGGUGCGGUCUGUCGCCGGUUGACGAUUUGACAAAAUUACACAUGCGCGUUUCCAUCCUUGUGCGUUCUGACCCACACGCAUAAGCACGCUCGCACGCACGCACAAGCACACUGACGGACAUGCACACACGCGCAUGGCGGGGGACUGUGUCGAUCGUUGGGCUGGAAGAUACAUGUUGCGCCACGUUGUGGCGUCCCUGGCUAACUGAACCUUGUUGGAUUGGGACAUUGCUGCUACAGUUUCUGGGCUAAUCCUGCUAUUUGUUUUGGUGGUGUUAGCAAGCACUGUUUCCUUGGCCGCUUCACUCACGAGUCCCACGAACCCAAGCGGUUAAUGUGAGGUUCUAUAGAAGCCUUACUGACGGGCUGCGAUGACACACAGCGUAGUGACGCAGGGCGGACACGCACACCUCGAGUCUUUGACGUGCCCUUGACUGUCAAGUCAUAGUUGGGCUGGUUGGGCUGAAAAGACUUGUAUUUCUGAGCAUGUCCAGACACGUUGAGCAUGGAGUGUGGAGGAGGGCGGCUGCGCCGCGCGUUUGGCUGAGGCUCUUAGUCCACGGUGCGGAUUCACUGCUGCUGGGGCCCUCAACAAGCAAGAGGCGGUAUUGUUGCGGGAAAGGGGUAGGCAGACUCGCACGGGUGCAUGUGCGUGUGUGUGUUUGCAGUGGCGACAUCGCCAAUCGUUCGUUGCGAAGCGCUUCACUUGGCAUGCUGGGGACGGAGUGGUGUGGGCAGUGGCGCACGCCUCCGCCUACACAUCUGUGGUUUCGCAGGGCAGGUGCAGGGUGUGGCAGGCACGGGGUCGCCUGAUUGACCCAGACUGCCUGAACUGGAACUGCCGCUUCGACGGUAUGUCUCGCUGUAAACUGCGACUGAG